UUCGGACAGGUGCUCGCUGGGAACAACAAUUUUCACAGUUGGUUGUCAAUGAAAUUCGUCGGCUAAAAUAACGAUUGCAAGCACAAUGUAAACAUAAAAGUUUUCAAGAAAUCAUCUCUUAAAAUCGGGUACAAACUAGCUGGGAGCAAGAUGGCGGCUCAAUCAGCGGAGACGGAAAAGACUGAAGAGCAACUUCAGAUGAUUAACAUAGCCAGGAAUGCCAUCAACUACAUAGAAAAAUAUGAGCGAUAUGAAUGCCAGGAAAAUCUUGGCUUCAUGCAGACACACUGGAUGCUGUCAACAGAUGAUUUCCGAUACCCUACAGAUGCCCCAAUGGGGCUUAUCAGUAAUAUAAAUCCCCAGAACUCUAACACCAGUGUAAUACUCAUUCCUGAGGAAGAGCAUAGUCAGCCCUUAGAUUACAGAGAACUUCACCAGAUUGUUCGUGAAUUGACCAUGGGACUGUUUGUUUUAAAUCAAACACCAACUUUGUCCCUUCAGGCAAACUUUGAUCAAAGUACGACCUGUCAGCUUCCCCCAGCUUACCAAGAUACUAGGAUCGGACAAAUAAUGAUCAGUGUGGAUUAUAUGAUGAAGGCCUUGUGGCAUGGGUGCUAUUUUCCUAAGGAUAAGAGAACAAAGUUUUCAGAGAAAUGGAGGUCAAGUUUGGAUGUAAAUGCCAACGGAAAACCAGAAACGAAGAAGACAUUGAUAACAGAGUUUCUUCAAUGUGGUCUUCAAGAUGUUACAAAAGAUCCAGACUACACAGAUAUUUACGACAAGCUCCCCAUUGAAGCCCCAGGGGAUUCGGAAAUGGCAGAGGAACGAAGAUUUUUUAUGUCUCAUGCCGACGAUCUCAUGGUACAGAUGACCCUUUUCCAGAACCAUGUUUCCCAUUACAAAGACUUAUUUGUAAUGGACUCAAGUUGGGUUGUAUCAAGUGUAGUCAAAGUUCUCGAUGACAAACUUGACCAUGUCUCGUACGAGCGGCUAAACUCACGUCUUCAACUUCAUGAGCAGCUUAUUAAGGAAAAUCUCGGGAACAAGGCAGAAAUAAGGCGGCAGCUGUAUCUUUUGAAAUUCAUCGCGUACAUGACCCCAUUUCUGAUCGGCAUGAAAAAAAGAAUGAAAAUCCCUGACAUAUCAAGGCUACUCCCAAACUUAACAGAAUCACGAUAUCGAGGAAACAAAGGUUUUUCCCAUACUUCCGCCAGUCCGUAUUUGAGUAGUGAUGAAUGCAGAACAGAGAGAGAGUUGCCACCCCUGAUGUUAAGUUCAGACUUCAAGUGCAAGAACUUCAACUUUGGGAACCAUUACUUCCACUUGCAUGGAGGUAUUAUGAUUGACCAUGAGACAGAUGACCUAGUUGAAGAUCGGCAGUUUGAAGAAGUGUAUGAUAGCACCAUGUCAGAGGCUUCAACGUUCCUGAGCAAACUUCUUGACAUGGAAAACACAAUGUUGGACCAUUACAAGGUGCCAACUGUCACUGUCAAUGGAAAGAGCUAUUACGUGAUGUGCCUGGACUUCGAGACAUACUACACAGGGAACCCCCAGAAGCCUCUAUGGGUGCGCGUGUACCACGAAGAGCUCAACAAACUCAAGCCCAAAAAACUGCCCAUGAGCGACCUUCACCUUCAUGAGCAGUUUAAGAAAUACUUUGGCUAUAAGAAGGCCAUUAAGUGCAAGACUCCAUACAACGGCCUAAAAGAGUGUGCGAAACGAGGUUUGGUAGCCAUGUUUUCCGCCCUGUGUCGUAAGAUGAUGCAAGCCUCUAGGUUAGGCAAGCAGGAUGAACACGGUCUAUCACUGCUGCACUACGCUGCCAUGAAUAACCACCCGCAAAUCAUCGCUAUGCUCCUCAUGCAGUCGAUGGACGUCAACGUUAGGCGGAACAAUAUCAUGGGCACAGGGGUCGACACAAAGGGCCGCAAGAAACCGUUAGGUGACAUUGGCACAGGAUCUAGGGCAGCAAGUGCAAAAGAUUCUAGAGAUGUUGUCAUGGUAACACCAGUGCCAGGGUCACAAGGUCCUACAGCAAUACAUGUGGCUGCAAGGUGUGGUGCCCUGGAUACGGUUGCCUGCUUAUUGGGUAACUUUGCCAACAUUCUGGCAACUGACCAGGAUGGCUGGGCACCGAUCCACCAUGCUGCGUUCUUUGACCACUAUCCGGUGGUCAAAUUGAUGAUCCGGAAAAACAAGGGAUUGAUGGAAUUGGUCACGAAGAAUGAGCUGAGAUCAACACCAAUUCUCCUGUCCGCCAGCUCAGGGGGCUUAUCAGUAUUGAAGGGUCUGAUAAGCCUUGGUGCUGACUAUAAGAGGGUGGAUGGAGAGGGGAAUGGAAUUGUGAGCCUGGCCGCUAUGAGGUUCCACACAAAUGUUCUAGAGUAUCUGAUAGAGUGGAACAGCCCCGAUGUUCACGUAUGGGAGAUACUUGUUGGCAUGCUGAAGAGCGACGAUCUGAAGAAAAAGGACAGUGCGGUCAAGUGCCUCGAGGUUCUCUCCACCUCCAAACCCGAUCACUGGAGAUCUAUACUUGACGCAGAGGGUGUACCCGCGCUGGUUGACCUUCUGAAGAUCGAAAACGAGGAGCUCCAAUGUGUUGCUGCGUCUGUGCUGUGCAACAUAUCAGAACAGACAGAGGUUCGACAGGCUCUCACCAAGUGCAAAUCUGGACCGAUUCUCAUUAAAUUAUUGGGGUCACCAGUGGACGAUGUCCAAUCCCGGGCAGCAAUUAUCUUGUCCGACCUUGCCUGUGUCGAGGGGAAUCAGGAAUUGAUCGCGGAAUGUAACGGAAUCGAGCCACUUGUCAGUCUGAUGGAAUCGGAACUGGAAGAUGUGUUAGUGAAUGCCGUAAAUGCUAUUCGAGUCCUGUGUGAAAAUAACAGUAGCAACAAGACCCUCGUGUCGGAGGCACAUGGCAUCGAACCACUAGUGGAGUUUCUUACUGUUGACUCUGCAAUCCUACAAGCAGCCACUGCAGCGACAAUAGCGGCGGUAUCCUCGGGACAUGAGGAUAACCAGAACAGCUUGAUGGAAGAGGGAGCCGCAAAACCACUGGUAGAUCUCAUCAAAGGGAGGAACGUAAGGGUACAGGUGAAAGCGGCAAACGCUCUGGAAGCCAUGGCAACCAACAACCAGCAAUGCCAGAAAGCGUUCUUGGAUCUUGAUGCUCCAAGAGUUCUUAUAAAGUUGUUGAAGAAUAUCAGUGUUGAGGUACGGGAACAGGGCGCGUGUGCGCUGUGGUCUCUGGCGGGACACACGAAAACUCAAGAAAAAUACAUUGCCGAGAUAACGGGCAUUACACACAUACAUCAGAUGCUGCUGGAGCCAACGGAAAAAUUGCUGACAGUUGGUUGUAUGAUGUGUAUUGCCCUGGGACGUGAAAGUAUCGAAAACCAGAACCGAUUGGCUCAGCAGGACUGUUUUUCACAACUUGUACGUCUGCUUCGACGCCAGCGCUCACUGGGUACAUCUGCUAAGGUCACGCUCAUGGUCAUAAAGGUGCUUGGAAUAUUGUGUGUCGGUGUUGCAUACCGCAAUAACAAGACAACACAAAACAAGAUAGCUGAAGAAGGGGCUAUUCCCCUCCUGGUUCAACAACUGAAUGAUCCCAUCUCAGAGGAGGUUCAAGUUGAGGUGGCAAUAUCAUUAGGGUGUAUCAUUUUAAGUAACACGAAAAACCAGGACAUACUCAAUGAAGAAGCUGACUUCAGAUUUGAGGUCUUACUGGAAUUGCUCAAGUCCAAAAAUAUGGACAUUCGGCUGCAGGCAGGGAUGGCGUUGACUAUAUUUGCGUUCAACAACACACCACAACAGUACGCGAUUAGAGAGGCGGGCGGUAUCAAGUACUCUGUGUUUGAACCAUUCAUAGAUUCCCUAGAUGAAUUUCACAACUGUUAUGCUGCCUUCCAGAUUGUUGUGUUAGCCCGCGUCAUCAUUGACCGAGAUCAAGUAUCACUGACCGCCCAGGGUGUAACGUUACUUGUGAAGAAAUUAGGCUCCGAUGAUGACAACGUCAUUGUUUUAGCCAGCAGUCUCCUGUCUAGUCUUGCGCACACACGUGCCGGAAUUCCCGACGCCAUGGUUACUACAGGAGCGAUUGACGAGCUUGUCGAUCGAUUAUCGUCGACUAAUGAGCAAGUCCGCAGUGCAGUUGCUGUGGCAUUAGGGUAUUUGACAUUUAACAAAACUGCGGCACGAUUGUUAUUAGGGGCGUGCAGGAAUACUCCAGGAUUGUAUAAGAAAUUGAUGGACAAUAUUGGGAAAGAUUCGAAAAUCAGCUCCGAUUUCAUCGAAAACUUCAAACGUGCUAAAACUGUUGGACUACCGUCACAGUGCUUGGAAAUAAAUGGCGGCCCUCCUGUUAUUCCCUUCAGUAACAUCGGAGUCAAUGGCCAAAGGCCAAUGACUACUCAGCCAAGAUCAAGAAAAAUGGAAAUGUCAAAAAUGAGCCGAGCAGUUUCAGCACCGGCACGUGGAAACAAUUCUCCAACCAUUUUUGUGAGUCGGUCCAGUGAUGACAGUCGACCAUCGUCAACGCGCCCGUCAACUGCAUACACACGUCCGCCAUCAUCAUCGACUACGAAAUCAGCGCGAAUCAAUGUUCAAUCGCCAGACCACGGACAGUUUAAAACGAAAUUAAGAGCUUGGAAAGAGGAAAAGUAAAUGUAUCAAUGAAUGUGUACAAAAUAUAAAUGAUUGUUUAAAAAUGUUGAAAUUCAAAUUGGUGAAAUUCAAAUUGUUAAUAUAUGUGUAUGUUAUAAAAUCAUACAGUUUUUUUUUGUAUUUAGUCAGUUUAAUUUAAAAAAAAUCAGGAAUAUUUUAUACAUGUGUAAUUUUUUUGUAUUUUUUUAAUUUAUUACUAUUAGUAAACGAUUGACAAAAGUACAUUUUCACAAUAAUGGCAAGAUAUGCAUUGAAACUGUGAUAGUUAUUAUUGAACAGUAUUCAUUAUAUAAACAUAAUUUAUCCUUUAUAAUAAACUGCAGUUGAAAAAGUAUGCAUAAUUUAUGUAUUUUGCUGCAACUUAUUCUCUUUAAUUGAUGAAUCAUUUUUGAGAGUGAGUCAUUGUUUUGAUGUUCUUUUAAACAAUUUAUUUACCUAUGCAGCAGAAUUUUGAAGUUUAGUCAUUUUGUGUUGUAAAUCUACCAUAUCAAGUUUAUACAUAUUCUUUUCAACACAAAAAGCUGCAUUCAGAUCAGAACUAAAAUCUUAAAAUAAAUCUUGAAAAUAAUGACAUGAUUGUUGGUUUCGUUGAAAAUAUUUCAUUUCAUUUCAACAUUUUCAUGUAUUUUAUCGAGAAUUGUUUUCUGUUGGUUUGAUAAUUGUGUAGUUGUUUUUGUUUUAAUAUCAUUAGCUAUACAUUUAAUUUGUUCACACAUAUAUAAUGAUAAAAAAUGUUCUUUAAAUAAUCUAAAAACAAAAUACAUUUCGGUUUAAGGAAAUAAUUGCUGGAUCAUCUCAAGAAUUAUUUUUAUGUUAACAGUAUUUGUUUUUCAUGUUAACUUUAUAGCAUUUCUUUUAUUUUAACUAUUUAAAACAAUAUUAGAACUGAAGUUUCAAAAGAGAGCGUUACUAAUUGAAUGUCGACAUAAGUUAAACAAGGGACAUAAUCAACAUCUUUCAAAGCCAGAGUUAUGGGCCUUGCUAUAAAUGUGCACAUUGUUUCCUGCCACAUGUGUACCAGAGAUUGAGGUGACUGUUGAGGUGAAUAAGACUUUUUAAGUUAUGCUCAGGUUAAAAUAUAAACGAAGUUUUUAAUUAAUAUCUGGUAUAUAUAUAUAUUUUAGUUAGUUUAAUUUUUGACGAGCUAAUUACAAUAAAAAAUAGAACAAAGCUUUAGUUUCAGUAGAGCAGUUUUACAUUCAGAGAAGGAAAGAAUCUCUAAAAUAUUGCAUAAACACAUACAUUUAUUGUAGAAUAAAUUAUUACUUUUAUUCAUACAAUGCCAUGUUUUUAAUUAAAUUGUUAGGAAUGUGUUUAUAAUUUUAUUAUUAUUUGUUUGAUAUGGAAAUGUACGAACUCUUUGAUAUAUGAACCGCGACACGCAGGGAUAGGUCUUAUAGUUACUAUCACUAAAGCAUGGAAUAUGAUGUCAUAGUUCCCUUUGACUUAUAUGGAAUUAUGCCCCCCUAAGGUGUGAUGUGUUUAAAGGGGCUCAUAGUUUGAUGCCAAAAAAAUUCUUUAAAUUUAUAUGCAUUUUAUUAAUACUAUUUUUUUUUACUCAUUUGACUUAAAAUGAUUAAAACAAAACAAAAAAUAUGAUUUGUGUACAGACAAAAAAAAAUUAGCCUUAGUUAAUGAUUUUUUUCUGAAUUAAUAGCUACAUGGCCACAAAUUCAGUAAUAAAAGCGCCAAAAUAUAAGUAUUUGUAUGCAAACCAUACAUUUUUUUGUUUGGAUCAUUCAAGUCAAAUGAGUUCAGCAUGAUAAUGCAUUAAAAUUAAAAAAUGCAGCAACCUAUAUUGCGCACCUUUAAAAGUCCAUGCAGAUGAAAGGUAGUUGAAACACCUUACUGGUAUAUAUGAACAAUUUAAAAAGCUUGAUUUAAAAAUUUACUGACAGACCCAUUUUUGUUUGUCGUGGUUCAUAUUUUCAAUAUUUCAAUAUUAUAACUUAAUGUCUGUGCUCUAGUUUUGUUCUUAUACUUUGAAAUUUAUUUUCUGUUUGUUAUGGAAUGAAUUUUAGCCAUAAUGAAAUUCUAUCACUUGUU